CCACCUCCACCUCCGCUGCUGCAAAGGCCCGCUCGCUGCCCUCUGCCCUCUGCCCUGCCCUGGCUUCCCCGUCUAGCUUCCGCUUCCGCUUCGGCUUCUUCUUCUGCUUCUUCUGCUUCUGCUCCUUCUGCUUCUUCUUCGUCGUCGCGCUUCGAUCUCGCCCUCGCCCGCGUGCGCGUGCGCCCCAGAACAUCAUCUGCGCCACGAGGAUUGGCAUUGCAUUGCACUACAAGAUGAUGGUGUGGAAGUAGAUCCAGCCAGGGCAACAGCGGACCGAGAGAAAGAGAAAGAGAAAGAGAGAAACAGAGACAGAUAGAGAGAUAGGGAGAGAGUCUCAGUGAGUGUGCAUUCGUCGAUUCAUCUUUCUUGUUUUGGAUAAAUCAAUCGAAACCUCCCUCGGAGUGAGAGACGGGAAGGACGGAGAGGUGCUGCGUUGAGGGAGGUGGAGGUGCAGGCGCAGGCGCAGGUGGAGGAGGAGGAGGAGGAGGAGGAGGAGUUGGAGGAGGAGGCGGAAGGGGAGGAAAGAAGGCAAUGUUGUGGUGCCUGUGGUGAGAUAGAGGAGGGGAGGUUGAUAGUCCAAUUGCGGGACUGUCGAUUGGUUGGUAUUGAGAUUGUCGGUGACGACGGCGAGGGGCGUUGCCAGUUUUCUGCCCUGCGGGAGGCUUUACUGCAGGCUGCGAGUGGAAAUUUUGAUGUACGAUUUGUGAUCCGGUGGAAAGAGUCCAGAUCGGGAGAUCCUGCAUUGCAAACCAGGUCCGGCCUCGAGGGUUUAGGAGCAGUCUGUUUGUUUGCUUUGGGUUAAGUCGCUGUGAGUUGAAUUAUGUGAAGACAAGCUUACGCUUUACGGAGCUGUUUUUUUUUUCGGUUUGGAACGUGAUCUUUUAUCAGCACAGCUCUCCUCUUUACUGGAGGAGGGGAGCGUCAUUCGGUUCCCAUCUCAUUCCGUGACCUUUCUUUCCCCACUGAGAGUAAAUUCACGUUGAUUGAGGACCAUCUGCACGAGCUCAGGAAAGAGGCCCAAUUCCCCGCUUUUGAAGAUCUCCCGCUCCUGAGUCAUUGCGACGCAUUUCUUUGUAGUGCUGGGUUCACACGGCUGUGAGAUACGAUUGAUCAGGUGGAGGGAGUGUCCAUUCACAAUUGUGGAAUCGCGAUAGUCAUCGUAAGCUUUUUGUGGGUCUUUUACUGAAGGACGCCCAGUAGGGUUUGAACCACCAGGGUCGGCACCAUGAGCAACACAGCUGGAUUUUUGACGGAGGAACAACGCAAAUUGUUGAGAUCUGCUUCUCAAGGUCGUGACACGGUGCCAGAAGUCGUUUCCCCGAAAGGAGGAGCCGAUUCAAAACAUGCUCCAGUUGGAACUAAGAGCGCAGCUGUAGGUGGGGGAUUACCCGGCAAACACGACAAAAGAUCCAAUUCCGGACGACAUGGUCGUCCUAAGAAAGGCGGUGGAGGAGGAAAGGGUACUUGGGGUGCGCUUCUACCAGAUGGUGAAAACAAGAAGGCCUUAGAUCGGAAUGACCCCAACUAUGACAGUGAAGAGGAACCUUACAAGCUUGUUGGCGCCCCAGUUUCCCAGUCUCUGGAGGAGUACAGAGAGAAGGUGGUUCACAUAAUUGAGGAAUAUUUUACGAACGGCGUCGUCGAAGAAGCCGCAGCGAAUUUGCGGGACGUAGGUUCUCCCAAUUAUCAUCAUUACUUCGUGAAGAAGUUGAUCUCGAUGGCGAUGGAUAAACACGAUCGUGAGAAGGAGAUGGCAUCUGUUUUGAUUUCUGCGUUGUACAAUGAUACUAUUGAGCCCGAGCAGUUGGCCAAGGGAUACAUGAAGCUACUUGAGAGCGUGGAUGACCUCAAGCUGGACAUUCCGGAUGCCACAGAUAUAUUAGCGUUGUUCCUCGCUCGAGCAGUGGUGGACGAUAUUUUGCCCCCGUCAUUUUUGUCGAGAACUUCGAAAGUGUUGCCUGAGGGAUCUGAAGGCAUAGUGGUCAUUCAGAAAACAGAGAAGAGUUACUUGCUGGCCCCGCAUCAUGCUGAGAUUGUCGAGAAAAAAUGGGGGGGAAGCACACAUACCACCGUUGAGGAGGUGAAGAAGAAGAUUACAGAUUUACUCAAUGAAUAUGUAGAAAGUGGUGAUAGGUCAGAAGCAUGUCGCUGCAUCCGAGAAUUAAAUGUUCCUUUCUUUCAUCACGAGGUUGUGAAGAAAGCAGUAAUUUUAGCCAUGGAGAAGAGAAACGCCGAGAUCUCGAUCUUAAGUCUCUUGCAAGAGUGUGCAGAGGAGGGUCUCAUUACGUCCAGCCAGAUGUCGAAGGGUUUCAGCCGUCUUGCCGAUGCCGUCGACGACUUGGCCUUGGAUAUUCCUCGCGCUGAUUUAAUGCUCAAGGAUAUCAUAGCGAAAGGAAAAAAGCUCGGAUGGUUGGGGUCGGUGACGACUCUGUCUAAAGAAGGGAAAGAAGGAGUCGCCCAAGCUGGAGAAGUGGAUGUUGUCACCUUCAAGCAAAACGCGACAACAAUCAUCCAGGAGUACUUUCUCUCAGAUGACAUCGCUGAAGUAAUUCGGAGCUUGGAAGACCUAGGGCAACCAGAUUUAUAUCCCGUAUUUUUGAAGAGGCUAUUUACAUUAGCCAUGGAUCGAAAAAUGCGAGAGAAGGAAAUGGCUUCUGUGCUGCUGUCCGCACUGUAUGCUGAAGUUAUACCAAUUGAGCUCAUCAUCAGGGCAUUCGUCCUUCUGUUGGAGUCCGCAGAAGAUACCGCUCUUGACAUUCCUGAUGCUGCAAACGAACUAGCCCUGUUUUUGGCUCGUGCAGUUGUUGAUGACAUCCUCGCUCCCCUUUAUCUGGAUGAAAUUGACGAAGAAUUGCGAGAGGAUACUUUAGGUCACGAGAUUGUCCACUCUGCAAGGGCUGUCUUAGCAGCCCGACAUGCAGGCGAACGUAUUCUCCGUUGCUGGGGUGGCGGUGGCACUGGUCUGGCCGUUGAGGAUACUAAAGACAAGAUAACAAAGCUACUGGAAGAAUACGCAGCCGGAGGUGACCUUGGUGAAGCCUGCCAGUGUAUUCGCGAUUUGGAUAUGCCCUUUUUUCACCAUGAAGUGGUCAAGAAGGCCUUGGUGAUGGCUAUGGAAAAGAAGAAUGACCGAUUAUUAGGAUUGAUGCAAGAAAGCGCAAAUGAAGGAUUGAUCACUACCAGCCAGAUGGUGAAAGGUUUCGGUCGAGUCGCCGAUGCUUUGGACGACCUUUCACUCGACAUUCCGGAUGCCAGGGAAAAGUUUGCAUCAUACGUUACUCGGGCCAAGCAUGAUAGUUGGUUGAAGGCGUCAUUCGGCGAAGAGGACCCCGCGGUCAACGGUUCGGCAGAAACUUUGUGAAGAGUGCAUAUCAACUUCGUUUUGCUCUGAGAUCAAACGCAAAAUGCUGUCUGUGGCACCCCUGUACAUUGUAUGCCAUUGUAGGCAAGUGAAACGUUCCGUUCUCAUCCUUGCCGCCACAAACUGCAGUUGCCCACUUAUCCAGCUCGACAGCUCUGCCUCAUCUGGUCAAUUGUCUACCCUGUGUCCAGGGUGUGUACAGUUUCAAGUUAGCUGUCUACCGAAGAAGCGAUACUUCUGAAUUAGCUCCCAAGGAUUGGAGCUAAUGUGAUUCCCUCUGCCGUGUUGAUAGUUGAGGGGAGAGUCCUGGCACCAGCUGGUGUUUCCGAGAUCUAGCACGGGUACAUGUAGGCCAUGUGGAUUGGCAAUCAAAGCUGUGAUCGGGACAUUGUACUUUUGCACUCUACCUUUAAUACUCGAUCUAUCGUAUCACUCGUUUGUACGUACGAGUUGUAAGGUUUGUCGAUUAAUUUUGAUCUGUUUCCAAGGUGUUAUUAAACAGUCAUUUUUGA